AUGGCCGACCUCAAGACGGGCCCCAGCCCGGAGAUCCAGGAUAAGUACGAGGAUGAAAUCGCCCUACACCACGAGGUGGACUGGACGGUCGAGGAGGAGAAAAAGGCCAAGCGCAAACUCGAUCUUAUGAUCAUGCCCAUCCUCACCCUUGGGUUUUUCUGCCUGCAGCUCGACCGCGGUAACAUGGCCAAUGCCAUCACCGACAUGUUCCAGGAAGAUGUCGGCAUCGACCAGGACCAGUUCAACGUCGGCCAGCAGAUGCUAUCGCUCGGUAUCGUGCUAACCGAGAUCCCUUCCAACAUGAUUCUCUACCGCGUGGGUCCGGGCAAGUGGCUCACCCUGCAGCUCUUCCUGUUCGGUAUCGUCAGCACCUUCCAGGCAUUCCAACAUGGAUACGGUGCCUUUAUCGCCACCCGCUUCCUCCUGGGAAUCACUGAAUCUGGUUUCAUUCCCGGCGGCUUGUGGACGCUCUCGACCUGGUACACUCGUCGCGAGACUGCCAAGCGGGUCAUGGUCUUUUACUUUGGCAACCAGCUCGGUCAGGCGUCGGCAAAGCUGCUCGCCUACGGCAUCCUGCACAUGCGUGGUGUGGGUGAUCGGCCAGGCUGGUUCUGGCUUUUCGCCCUCAUGGGAGCCUUUACCGUCUUUUCCGGUUUCAUCUUUGGCUUCUUCCUGCUCGACUCGUUCCGAAACCCGCACAGUACUUUCCUGCCCAAGGUCAACUGGUUCACGGAGCGGGAGCUGCACAUUCUCCAGACCCGAGUCCUGCUCGACGACCCGAUGAAGGGCAAGAAGAGGAGAAAGAUCCCAUUGGCCGCGUUCAAGCGAGCAUUCCUGGACUGGCGCAUCUGGGUUCACUUCUUGAUCACACUGUGCAACAACGGCCCUCAACGUGCCUUUGACACAUACGCCCCGUCGAUUGUCACCAGUUUUGGUUUCGGCCCUCUGUCCAGUAACGCUUUGGCGGCUGUCGGUUUGUUCCUGCAGGUCCCGGUCUCGUUUACGUUCAGUUGGUUCUCGGAUCGCUACAACCGUCGCGGCGAAACUGUCAUCCUCGGGUUCUUCUGCCAUCUGCUCGGUUACAUCUUCAACCGCACCUUUACAGACGUCAAUCUCCGUGGUGUCCGCUACUUUGGCGUCGUCUGGACGCAGGUUUUUGGAACAUUCUCGCAUCCACUCAACAUCGCAUGGCUGUCGCUCACUUGCCAAGACUCGGAGCAGCGCGCCCUCGCCAUGGCCGGUGUCAUCAUGAACGCCAACAUUGCCGGUAUUUACGGAGCCCAGAUCUUCCGCAAGGACGACAAGCCACUCUACCGGCGCGGUUUCAGCGUCGCGUGCAGCGUGCUCUCGGUCGGUCUAUCGCUUGCAAUUGCGCGCUUUGUCGAUACGCUGUUGCACCGGCGUCGCAAGGAACAGCAGGUUGGGGGCGAGGAGGAUUCAGGUGAGGAAAACAACGUGAGGGUGAGCUGAGAGGAUGUAGCGACAUGCAUUCAGAACAGGGUACCCUGAACAGGGUCGAGGAUUUGGAGAUAUGCGAGGGAGGUUGAGUAGCUUGGAUACACGUCAAGUAAACAUAAUAGUCAGAAGGAUAUAGUACUCGGGAAUUGCUUUGAAACAUUCGGUAUCA